AUGAUAAGACUAUUCUCAUUUUUAUUACUUCAACUCGUGCUUGCAGAUGAGCAACUUAUACAUGUCCUUCCGACUGAAGAUUAUAUAAUAUUUUCAUUUGUAUCAAUAGGCUUGGUUCUCUUUGCAGGGAUGAUGUCAGGCCUAACAGUAGGUAUGAUGGGUAUCGAUGAACUUGAUUUAGAAAUGAAGCUUGCAAGCGGCACUGAAAUAGAGCGACAACAAGCUCGCAAAGUGCUUCCCAUAAUUAAUCAGCAUCACCUCCUGCUUGUUACUCUUUUAGUAGCUAAUGCAGCUGCUAUGGAAACCUUGCCUAUUUUUCUCGAUGAAAUGUUUAGCAGUAUUAUAGCAGUAGUGUUGAGUGUCACUUUUGUGCUGGCUUUUGGAGAAGUUUUGCCUCAAGCUUUGUGCACAGGGCCUGAUCAAUUGAAAAUUGCAAGCAAGCUCGUCCCAAUUGUAAAAUUUGUAAUGGUGAUUUUUUUCCCUGUAAGCUACCCUAUUGCUAAACUUCUCGACAAGAUUUUUGGACAUGGACAUUCGAAAAAGCUUAAAAAUGACGACUUAAAAGCACUUGUUAGAAUUCAUGAAACUUACAGUGUAGGUCCUGCUGAUAAAACAGGUCUUGGGGCAGGGCAAAUCAAGAUUAUUCAUGGAGCAAUUGACUCACAUAAGGAGAUCGUGAAAAACCACAUGAUUAAUUUUGAAAAGGUUUUUAUGCUGAGUACAGAAACAGUUUUAAGCAAGUCUACGUUUCAAAUGAUAAUGGCUCAAGGAUAUAGCAGGGUACCAAUUUACAGAGGAAAUAAUAAAGUCGAUAUAGUUGGGAUUUUAUUAGUGAAGAAGCUAAUUGGCUCAAAAGAAGGAAAUACAAUCGAAGGCUCAGGAAUAAAGCUUACUCCCCUCCGUGAGCGAAUAAACUAUUGGAAAAAUCCCCUUUCGUGAGCCAGCAAAAUUUUUAUUAUAGAAUUUUUUUAAUAUAUCAGUGAUAAUUAUUAUAACGAAAUCACGACCUAAUUCUGAUCGAUUUUAAAGAGAUAGCACUUUAAAAUAUAAUUUUACAAAUUAAUUAAUAUUUGCUUUGAAUUGGGAUUUCGAAAAAAACAUUUACUAUAAAACUUAGAUAUAAAUUUUUUAAAUAAAAAAAAUUAAUCCCCUUUGUGAGCGAGCAAAAUAAUUUGUUAGCUCACGGAAGGGGGAGUUAGGGGAAACAGUUUAUAUCAACCCAAAUUUCACAAUUUUAGAUUUAUUAGAAAUUUUCCAGGAAGGUAAAAGCCACAUGGCAAUUGUUUCGGACUCUCCUGAAAGUGUCCCAUCAGCUGAAAAGAAUGUUCUAGGAAUAAUAACACUAGAAGAUGUAUUAGAACAAAUAUUAAAAGCAGACAUUCUUGAUGAAGCUGAUUAUGAUAGACUUUCACGCAUCUUUUCAACCAACCCUAAUAAUCAGCCGCAGCAACAAAAUUCAACAAUUGGGAAGAAAAAACCUCCUCUUAAAAAGCCAGAAGACUAUCAUAAACUGGAAGGAUAG